AUGGACCCACAAGACCACAACCCUAGAUGUAUGCCCUGCGAUGCGGAGGACCUGUCCGAGUGCCAACUGGGCGUAUCAGUUGAGAAACAGGCCGCCAAUCUAGCACCGAGCCCCCCGGCACAGGACCCGUUCGGAGACGAAAGCGAAGUGGCUGUGAAGUAUAAGACCAUGGCCUGGUGGCAAACCGGGAUGAUUAUGAUCGCAGAGACCAUCUCCCUCGGGGUUCUGGCUCUGCCCAAGGCUCUGUCGAUAUUGGGACUUAUUCCAGGCAUUCUAGCCAUCCUGGGCAUUGGCAUCAUCUCCUCUUACACCGGGUAUACCAUCGGCCAGUUCAAACGCCGCUACAUGCAGGUUCAUAGCAUGGCAGAUGCAGGAGAUCUCCUGAUGGGACGGCUUGGCCGCCGGUUACUGGGCAUCGCCCAGCUUGUAUUCUACAUCUUCGUGAUGGGCAGCCAUGUGCUGACCUUUUCGGUCAUGAUGAACGUUCUCACAGAUCAUGGCAGCUGCACACUUCUCUACUCCUCCGUGGGCCUGCUGGUCUCGGUCAUCCUGACCCUUCCAAGGCGACUCGAGAGGCUGUCCCACUUGUCCUCAGUGAGCUUCGUGAGCAUCACGGCGGCGGUUCUGACGAGCAUGAUCGGUGUAUCUAUUAACAAGAGGGCUUCGGUCCAUAUACCGCUUCUUUCCCCGGCCCCAACCGUGCACGAUGCGUGCCUGGCCAUUGCAAAUGUUGUCUUUGCGUACGCUGGCCAUGUAGCCUUCUUCACUCUAUUCUCUGAAUUGCAGGACAUCCACGAUUUCCCCCGGGCAUUGGCUCUGCUGCAGAUAAGCGAGAUGAUCUUGUACACGAUCACUGCCAUCGUCAUCUACGCCUAUGUGGGACCGGCCGUCACAUCGCCUGCCCUGAACUCCGCUGGGAGACUCUUCCGGAAGAUCUCUUAUAGCAUUGCCAUUCCAACUAUCGUGAUCGGAGGAGUCGUGAACGCCCAUGUAGCAGUGAAAUUCAUCUAUGUUCGCCUGUUUCGAGGCUCCAGCUCGAUGCAUGCGCGGUCGGUGGGGGCUCGAGUCAUAUGGGCGGGCAUCUGUCUCGCUCUCUGGAUCUUGUCGUGGAUUAUCGCGGAGGGGAUUCCCGUCUUCAAUGAUGUCCUGGGUCUGGCGAGUUCCCUGUUUGCCAGUUGGUUUUCCUUGGGUCUUCCAGGGGUGUUCUGGCUCUUUUUGAACCGGCACCGCUGGUUUCUAAGCUGGAAGCAGAUGGUCUUGUUCGGCAUCAACAUCGGUCUGGUCUUAUGUGGACUUAUCAUUUGCUUGGUUGGCCUGUAUUCGUCGGUUCGAUCCAUCUUCCAUAACCUGCGCGAGGGGAUGAGAGGAGGCAGCUUCUCCUGUGCAGAUAACUCACUAUACUGA